CGACAAUCCAAUCCUGGCCCCUUCCUUGCCGCGGUGCAAUCGCGUUCACACAUGUAAUUUACAUACACCACACCCUGCCCUGGCUCGAUAAGCUACCACACGCCCAGACACGGCAAACUCACACACGAAAAAACCACACCCACCCAGACGGUCAGACAUGCCUGAUGGAUGGAUGGAUGAUGGGCUGACCCUUUAAAGCGACGCUUAGUAGUGCUGAUCUCAAUCACGCUCAUGCCGCCCCCUCCCCCUCUCCCCCUCUCCCUCUCCCUCCUUGCUGGCAGAGGCCCGUCUCUCGGCCGCAUCGGCAGCCAGGCGCCGCUUGUGCAGUGUCAAAGACCAGCCGGUUGGUUGCGCACCUUCUGACCCGCUGUCGCAACCAACCGGCACCGGCUGGUCGCUGGUCUUGGUGCUCUUGCUGCCGCUGCUCUUGCUGCUGAGGUUCUCCGCGGCCCGCUGGAUGAUGUCUGCCGGCAUGAAGGGGUCAUGCAGCGGCCCGCCUGCCUCCAAGUCGACCAUCUGAACCUCAGUGUCGAUCUCAGGAAUAUUCUCUUCCAUAGCCGGAGGGGGCGAGGGCACCUGCACCGGUGAGGGCACCACAGACGGCGGGGCAGAGUUCUCAGGGGGCGGCUCGGAGCGGAGGUCGAGCGGCUCGGAGCAGACACGAUUCACCACAGCCCAGGCAGGCCGCUCGCGAGCCGUCAUCGGCGCAGCGUCGCCCUCCCCCUCAGUCACGUCAUCGUCGCACUGCUCGGGGUCGGUCCAUCCACCGUACUGGUGCGGAUUCGCAUAAUGAGACGCCCGGGGCGCCGCACCAGCCCCCCCUUCGUCCGCCUGAGCGUCCUUGUUGCGUGCAGAUCGUCGGGGCCGCACUGCUGCAGCGUCGCCAGGCUUGAACAGGUGAUCGGUGAUGGAGAAGGGCGGGACGAAUGGCUGGCGAUUCGCGUAGCAUUCGACGAUGAGGACCUUGCCCUGCCCGAGGGCAUCGGCGGCCGCGUCGAGGCGCCUCUGCCGUCUGCUGGCCCGCUGGGGCGGGAUGGUGGUGGGGGUGGUGGUAGUAGUGCCGGGGAGCUGCAGGGUGGUGGACCCAUGGGUGGGCGACGAGGUGCCAGCGGGCUUGGCCACGUUGUUGCGGUUCUUGCGGCGUCUGACAGCAGAUAGCAUGACGAUGGAGCGAUUGACUGACUGAUGUGUCUGUCCUUCAUCCACAUACCUGUUUUGUUGCGGCUUGCUGUCGACAUCUCCUCCUUCUUGCCCCUGGUCGUCAUCCUGUUGGCACACCUCACGGGCUCGAUCAGCUGACCAGCAGGAGGGAGACAAAUCGUCGUUCAUCCCGUGGGUCAGCCAGCCGUGAAUCAUGCAUGGCUUACAGUGUGUGUAGAAGACGUAAAGGGACGCCAGGUUGUGUGUGAGCUUGCGCUGCAGCCCGUCGAGGCCCCACAGCAUGAGCGCCUCAGGGUACCGGUCGGCAUACUCCUGCUGGACCGAACUCAUCAUCGACACAUCUAGAGCCAAUAACACACACACACACGAUGGAACACUCUUCACGUGGCUGCCCUGCUCUUCCGUACCGGUCAAGUCGACGAAUCCCUUGCCAGGCUGCCAUUCCACCGCAUUUGCCUUGUCAACCGCGCCCCCAUCCCUCUCCCCCCGCUUAUCCCUCGCAAACUGAAUCAGGACAUGCUCCACCGCCCCGAGGAACCGCUCCACAAAGCCCCCCUGACCGUCCUCCAGCAGCCGCUUCAUGUGGUGGAACGUCUUGUGGAUGGUCUUCUCGAUGCGCUGCUCGAUCGACGACCCGCCCCGCCCCUCCCCCGGGUGGUGGUGGCCCUUGGCCGCCUCCCGCUCUCUCUGCCGCUUGCGAAUGUAGGUGUCCUCCUUGCAGCGGAGAAAAAGGUCGAGCAGGUCGACAUCGGCAGACAGGCGCGCCCAGAUGGAGACCCGCUGGCGCUCGUGGCCGUGGUCCUCCAACUCGCCGUCGGUGUCGGUCAGCUCCUCGCCGGACUCGUACAUGGCCCGACGCAGGUGACCCAACUGACACACACAAACAAGAGAAGAGAAUCAGACAGACCAGGUAAAAAGGCAGUGUGGUGGGGAAAUGUCGCAGAAUGCUCUCGCGUUGACGCGCUCACCAGCAGCUGAUGGUUGAGCCAUCUGGUCUGCUUGCGAUUGCCUCGGCGCCCCUGCCUUGACGGCUCCCGUCUUCUGGCGGCCUUGCUGCCCCUGGAGGGCAAGGCCGCUGAUGAGUACUCGGCUGGGGGUGGUGCGGGAGGGCUGGGGGUGACGCUGACGAUAGGCAUCGGGCCAAAUGCUGCGUCCUCGUACGCACGCCGGGUUGGGUCAGGCUGGUGGGGAGUGCUCAUCGCCAUGCUGACGGCUCGAGGGAUGAGGAAAGAGGGCUCCUGUGCUUCUCCUUGCCUCUUCCUCUGUUUUGGCCUUCCC